AUCUGGAGCAUCAGCAUUUGUAGGUUCGAUUACAGGCUCAACAUGGCCAUAAACAAAGGACUUUCUUCUGAAACACAUCAGUCUAUUCUUGUUCUUAGAAAUGAAGGCUAUUCCAUGUGAGAAAUUGCCAAGGAACUGAAGAUCUCGUACAACGCUGUGUAAUACUCCCUUCACAGAACAGCGCACACUAGCUCUAACCAGAAUAGAAAGAGGAGUGGGAGGCCCCAUUGCACAACUGAGCAAGAGGACAAGUACAUUAGAGCGUCUAGUUUGAGCAAUAAUCUUAAGGCAUGCUUUUAUUUGGAAGUUUUCCUCAUUACCAUAUGAAAGUGACGUCAUCGGUAGUGCUGCUUGCAGAAUAGUAGUGAUCCCUUCCUACUGCCGAACAGUAAACAUUGGGACCACAAGUGUCUACGCUUUCUAGCUAAUUUGUUUUACGUUUAAAUGAGCAAAUACCAGCACUGCAAUGGCAAUUGACUGGCUUGGAUUUGGCUAUGCUGCAGCCAUAGCCCUGGGGGGAUUCAUGGGGUACAAGAAAAAAGGUAGUGUCAUGUCACUGAUAGCUGGGAUAUUGUUUGGCAGCAUGGCUGCCUAUGGGGCCUUAAUGAUUUCAUAUGACCCAACCAAGACUUUCUACUCCCUCGUUGCCUCAGGAGCGCUGACAAUAGUGAUGGGAAUGAGAUUCAAGAAAUCUGGGAAAUUAAUGCCAGCUGGCAUCAUGACAGGACUAAGUUUGCUGAUGGUCCUGCGACUUCUCUUCAUGGGCGUGAUUGUAAUGUGAUUUGAACAACACAACUGUCUAAAGUGAGACUGAAAAUAUCACUGCAAGGGAUGAAGUUCCAGUUGCACGUUGUUUGUGUUUGCCAAAAUUGUUUUUGAUGAUUUGUUCAAUGAAUAUGGGAACAGAAAAACAGAAAAAAUGUACUACUUGAUCUGAAUAAAUGUUAUAGCACUGAA